CUUUAUUGCUGCAGUUUUCUCUGACAUCUGGGGGCUACCGGAGAGUGGGCGGAAGCAGGCGCUACAGCCGCAGAAGUAUCCCCAGGAACAUCCCCAGGAGGAGCUGGAAAAAGCCUCAUCCCCAGUUCCACAGUCUCCAGGGUAGAGUGUGGCCUUCUUUAUUGUGUUCCCAAGCCAUUCCACAGCCCCAAAUCUCAGGCUUCUCCAUCCUGGUGGAAGGAAAGGGGCUGGUGGGGGGAACCAUACAUUUUCAUAUCCUGGGACUCUUCUCUGUACUCAGCUUGGCCAUUGGGACCCAGUCAUGUUUGUGCUCCUCAAGAGGAGAGCAGGGUCUAGAGAGUUUAGGAGGAUGUGUCUGGAGUAUAUGAGAAGGCCGUGAAAAUCCCUUAGGAACCUGACAGCCACUCUGCAACUCAUUCUUUGUAGGACUUUCUCCUGUAGGCUUCCUGGCCCUGGUGAAGAGCUGUUUAUGGGGCAGCCCCUGGGAGGGCUGGGACAGGACCAGGCAGGGGACAGAGAUUAUAAUCUCUUUUUUCCUCCCUUUCUCUUGCCCUAGUAAUCCUUACCACCCCAAAGUAGGCAGAGCUAGGGAUCGGGGCCCCUCAGAGUAGGAGGAUGUGGGUGUUCUUUGGGUUCUGGGAGAGCUUUCUUUCCUGUGAUGUCCUAAUAAUGUGUGUAGGGGAGUGGGGGUAGAGGAGGGCAGGCAGGCUGCAUGUGGGCACAGUCUGGACAAGUGGUUCCCUGGCAUUUGACUGUGCUGGAAGUAGUAUCCAGAGUUCCCCUCAUUUUCCCCAAGAAGAGCUGUUCUCACUCCCUCUGUGGGCUUCUACCACGAGAGGCUGAGGUUAGUUCGGCAUAAAGCGCCUCUCCCUUAGAGGUGAUGCGAUCUGAGGAGAGGAUAAUAGGAAUGAAAGGUUAUAGACAUUUCUGUCUAUGAGGUCUUUACAGACCCAAGUUUUUUAUGGAAAGGAGCACUGGGAGUUUAGAAGGCCUUUCCCUUGUCUUGGUUCUGCUGUUGGCUUACUGUGUCAGCUUGGGCAAGUCCCGUCACCUUUUUUAGUCCUCACGCUUGCUUCAUCUCUCAAACGGCAAGCUUAAUGUCUGCUCUUCCAGCCACACAAAGUUGUUGUGAAGCCCAGAUGUAGCAAUAGGAGACAGUAGGAACAAGGAGAGGGCAAGAGGGAAGCACUUUGAAAAAGCACAAAGCUGCAUUUUCUGCAGAGGAAGAACCGAUGCUGGAACGCCGCUGCAGGGGCCCCUUGGCCAUGGGCCCAGCUCAGCCCCGACUCCUUUCUGGGCCCUCCCAGGAGUCACCCCAGACCCUGGAGAAGGAGCCCCACGGGCUGAGGUCACAAAGCACUUCAGUGGCCAAGUCGGGCAGCCAAGCCCCGGGUAGAGCCCAUCGCUGUACCCACUGUAAAAGGCACUUCCCGGGGUGGGUGGCCCUGUGGCUUCAUGUCCGACGGUGCCAGGCCCGGCUGCCCCUGCCCUGCCCUGAGUGUGGACGUCGCUUCCGCCAUGCCCCCUUCUUAGCACUGCACUGCCAGGUCCACGCGGCUGCCACCCCAGACCUGGGCUUUGCCUGCCACAUCUGUGGGCAGAGCUUCAGAGGCUGGGUGGCCCUGGUUCUGCAUCUGCGAGCCCACUCUGUUGCAAAGCGGCCCAUUGCUUGUCCCGAAUGUGAAAGACGCUUCUGGCGACGAAAGCAACUUCGUGCCCAUUUACGGCAGUGCCACCCCCCUUCCCCUGAGGCCCGGCCCUUCAUAUGUGGCAACUGUGGCCGCAGCUUUGCCCAGUGGGACCAGCUAGUUGCUCACAAGCGGGUUCAUGUAGCUGAGGCACUGGAGGAGGCAGCAGCCAAGGCUCUCGGGCCCCGGCCCAGGGGCCGCCCAGCAGUGACUGCCCCUCGGCCUGGUGGAGAUGCCGUUGACCGCCCCUUCCAAUGUGCCUGCUGUGGCAAGCGCUUCCGGCACAAGCCCAACCUGAUCGCCCACCGCCGUGUGCACACAGGUGAACGGCCCCACCAGUGCCCCGAAUGCGGGAAGCGCUUUACCAAUAAGCCCUACCUGACUUCUCACCGGCGCAUCCACACUGGCGAGAAGCCCUACCCAUGCACUGAGUGUGGGCGCCGCUUCCGGCACAAACCCAACCUUCUGUCUCACAGCAAGAUUCAUAAGCGAUCUGAAGGAUCUGCCCAGGGUACUCCUGGCUCAGGGAGCCCCCAGCUUGCAGCUGGCCCACUGGAUCCCUCAUCAGAACCCACCCCAGAGGCCCUACUGAAACCUCCACAGGAGCCCAUACCCGAUCCUCUAGUGGCAGCCCCACUGGCGCCCCCACAGGACCAGGCUGAAGCCCCUCCACCUCUCUACAGCUGUGAUGACUGUGGUAGGAGCUUCCGGCUGGAGCGCUUCCUGCGGGCUCACCAGCGGCAACACACUGGCGAACGACCCUUCACCUGUGCCGAGUGUGGGAAGAACUUCGGCAAGAAGACCCACCUGGUGGCUCACUCCCGGGUCCACUCAGGCGAGCGGCCCUUUGCCUGUGAAGAGUGUGGGCGUCGCUUCUCACAGGGCAGCCACCUGGCAGCCCAUCGGCGUGACCAUGCUCCUGAGAGGCCCUUCGUCUGCCCAGACUGCGGCAAGGCUUUCCGCCACAAGCCCUACCUGGCAGCCCACCGGCGAAUCCACACCGGUGAGAAACCAUACGUCUGCCCUGACUGUGGCAAAGCCUUCAGCCAGAAGUCCAACCUGGUGUCCCACCGGCGCAUUCACACAGGCGAGCGUCCCUACGCCUGCCCCGACUGUGACCGCAGCUUCAGCCAGAAAUCCAACCUCAUCACCCACCGCAAGAGCCACAUCCGGGACGGCGCCUUCUGUUGUGCUAUCUGUGGCCAGACCUUUGAUGAUGAGGAGAAACUCCUGGCCCAUCAGAAGAAGCAUGAUAUCUGAAUCGGUUAGGGGCUCCGGAGGCCGAGGAAGAGAGGGUUUGGAUGUCAUUCAAGACAAGAGUGUUCCAGUGAGCUACAGGUGCCUGUGCUGGGGUGCCUCUGUAGGGGAGGGGAUGGGAGUCACUGGAAGGGAUAGAAGUGGUGGGGAGUGAGUGGGGCCCUAUUGGAAAGGAAGGCCGACCCCACCUUGGCCAGGAACCCUCUUGCAGAGGGCUAGGACUCUGGCUCUCCAGCCGGUCUUUGCUAAGGUUCAGUCAUGACUGUUCUGUGCCCUGGAAAAGUAGCAAUAGCAGCUUGAUCUACCCCCUAGAGCCCUCAGGCUGGAGAAGCCACCAGUGGAAAGGAGGAUUCUCCAUCCUCUGGUGUUAUCUGCCUUAAUGUCCCACGUCUUUUAUUAUGAGUUACUUCAAGUCAUUUUUGGAAGUAGGUGUGGUACAAUUCUUAGGAAAUCAACACUCAAGGAGUAAAAGUGGGCCAGCUGGAUACACCUCGGAGAACCUGCUGGCCUUGUUAGCACCUGGACCUUUGCCAGCAUCAAGAGGCGAAGCUGAGCUGCUCUUACCUGUCUGUUCCUGUCACCCCCCUCCUUUUGCCCCCCACAUAGGCACCCAGGUUUGGAGAGACCCACCUACUGUUAGUGCUUGACUUCAUUCCCUUCCUUCCCAAAGAUAACCCCCUCCCUGGGCAUUUCCUCAUGGGUGUGUCUUGCUUUUUCCACCCCCACUUCCCAGCACUGAGAGCAUCCUCGGGCUGUCAGCAGCCCUGUUUGCGGACUUCUGUCUGAACACCCUUAGCCCUCCUUCACUCCUAAACCUCAAAAUUUUGGGGAAAGGACUGCGCCAUUGAUAAUGGAGGGUCACCUGAAGGGAAGAUAUUGGGGAGUUCCCUUUUCAACAUUUCUAGGAUAUGGAAGCCCAACCUCUGCUUGAACACUUAGGUGACAGAGAGUUCCCCACCUCCUUAGGCCCUGGUUCUAUUGUAGGAUAAUUCUAAUUGUUAGAAAUUCUUCCUUAUAAUAAAUGAAAUCUGCUUUUCUGUAAUUUCUACCCAUUGGGCCUUGUUCUGUUCUAUGGAACUAAACAGAACAACCAUUUACCCUUCUUUUCAAACUAGAGAAUAAAAGAUUUGGUUUUAGAA